AUGAAUACCGCCAUUCGCGAGUUGGCCAAGAGAACGCUCGAACUACGUACUAAUGUCGCAGCUCUGCAAAACGACAUCUCAGCAGUGCAGCAGCAAGUCAACCAGCUGAGCAAUAGCCUCGCUCCAGCAGCCCCUUCUGAGCCUGAGGUGCAGCCGUCGUCGCCGCCAGACGUUCUGCCCCUAUACGCAAGAAGAAUCGGUUUCGCAAAUCAUACCGAAGUGGAGGCAGCCUAUAACAGGAACCCGGCAGAUUUCAUCGUCCAGGUGAAAGCCGCUCUAAGCGAUAGCCUUGUGCCUUACCUCUGGGACAAUGCGGAGUCCGUCAGCAGGAUGAAGCGGUUCUUCACAGACGCUGGCAUUACGCUUGAUUUACUGGAACUGGGCGAAGUUCAGAACAAGAACUUUCGCAGCGUGGCCGAAUACGACUUAGUGGUGAGGGGUGACAUGGUCGUAAGGCAUCUUCGGGCGCAUAAUUGGGUCAGAGAGGAGUUUGUGCUAUUCUGGACAUUAUUGGAGAUUUGUCGUCAGUAUGGGAUUGUACGGCAAGCAAGAUUGCACACGGCCAAAUUGAGACAAACGGAUGCUCUACAACACGGGGAGACGUCUUCACUUCUUUCCAACCCAGCCUAUUACAACCCUGAAGUAACCCUUUCUUACAGAUUCUAA